AUUCACUAGAAACGCCUAUGCUGUUGAAAAAAAAGGCAGUCUGAGGCAUUGCUGAGUGAUAAGACCAUGCAGAACAGAGAGUAAGAGAGAGAUUGAGAAGAGACAGCGAGAAGAGAAACAACAAAGAGUAAUAUAUACCUUCAGAAUAAAGAUGGCCACUACAAAUAUAUCCAAUUUCAUGCAACAUCCAAAAAAAUGCAACUUCACUGAGGAUUUGAACUUGGUGCUUCCAGUCACCUACAGUGUGGUGCUGGUUGUUGGCCUGCUGCUCAACCUCACUGCCAUGUAUGCCAUCUUAUUCCGGAUCAAACACUGGAGUCCCAACACCAUCUAUAUGAUAAACCUGACUGUGUGUGACACCAUCUAUAUUCUCACACUACCGUUCCUGAUCUAUUAUCACUUAACAGAGAAACACUGGCCAUUUACUGAAGCGUUUUGCAAACUUAUACGCUUUCUCUUCUAUACCAAUCUGUAUGGUAGCAUCCUAUUCCUCACCUGCAUCAAUGUCCAUCGCUGCAUAGUUAUUUGCCUCCCUGUGCGAUCAAUGGGCUGGGUUAAUCCCCGCCGUGCCCGUUAUGUCUCGAUCAUUGUCUGGGCAGUUGUCCUCAUCUGCCAGGCACCAGUGCUCUACUUUUCCCAAUUAAAGGAUAACAAAGCCUGCACAGACACCACAACAAUUGAACUCUUUAAAUACUUCCUUCCCUAUAGCUCAGUUAUUUCAGUCAUUUUCUUUCUAAUACCCUUUGUUUUAGUGAUAGUCUGCAACAGCCUGAUGAUUCAUAAACUCAUACAACCUAGCACAGUAGGAGGUGCAAUAUCUCAGCGCUCCAGACAAAAGUCUGUAAAGAUGAUUGUCAUCGUAAUGCUGGUCUUCAUAGUCUGCUUUGUGCCUUUCCACUUCACACGGAGUCUUAACUACAUUUUCCGCCACUUAGAAGUUAACUGCAAACUCCGGGAUGGAUCAAGGAUUGCCUACAAGAUCUCAAGGCCCCUGGCAAGUAUAAACAGCUUCAUUGACCCUAUCCUGUACUUCAUGGCUGGCCAGGGAUUCCGACGCACUCUACCUAAGAAGAUAAAGCAAGUUCAGAGAGCUGAGGAAUAUAAGGUUGUCUCAAACUCACAAUCAGACUAAACAAUUAGAAUAUGAAUAUGAAGGACAUGUUUAGAUUUUUAGGUUUUCUGUGAAUAGAUGUUUAUUUAAAAAAACUUAUAAAGAGUCUACAGUGUCAGGGCCUUGUACUCUCAGGACUGUUGUACUAUUGUACUAUCAGAUGUUCUCUUGAUUUGGUCAAACACAAAAAUCCUUCAGGAGAGAGAACGAGAAAAAAGACUGGCAAGCGGAAAAAAACAGGCUGAUGAGGAAACGAUUGUUUAUAGUUGUAAAGUUAGCAAUAACACAACCUAACAUUUUUUGAGAAUGCUUCACAGCUGUGGUAUUUGAGGAAUUGCAAACUUAGGGACAUGCUGUUAUGGAAAAAGAAUCAACUUUGGGCCGGUAACACUAACAGCGCUUCAUAUCAGGACACAUCAUGCAUCCUCAGCUUUGAUUAUUUUCCCAAACCAGCCAAAUCCCAGUGUUUUGCUCCUCAUUUACAAUACUGUUCAAAAGUUUGGGAUCAAUUGGAAAUGUCCUUGUUUUCCAAAGAAAAAUCCAUUUUAAUGCUUUUCAAAAACAUUAAAAUUAAUAAGAUGAUAUUAAAGAAAGAUUGUCUCUAAAAGAUUGUGGCACAGAGGCCAAUUAAUAGAAUAGCAACCAUCAGUUCUUUGUUUCAAUCUCAUGUUGUGUUUGCUAAUACAAGUUAAUUUUUGAUUGAUAACUGGUUAAAUAACUGAUUAUUAGAAAACCCUUUUGCAAUUCUGCUAGCACAGCUGACAACUGGUGUACUGAUUAAGGGAGCAAUACAAGUGGACUUCUUUAGGUUACUUUAGAAUCUGGAUCAUCAGGAGUUUCGGGGCUUCUGGGUUUUUUGCAGGCUCAAAUGGCCAUAAAGAAAGACCUUUAUUUCUUUUCAUGGUAAAAACUUCAUCUUAACAUGCGGUCAACUUCUCCCUUCAUAGAACAGUGCAAACUGGUUUUACCCAGACCAGAAAAAGGAGUGGGAGGCCUUUUAGAAAACAGACAUUUCAAAGUGAUUCCAAACUGAUAACUGUAAACUGUACAUAAUAAAACAUAUACUUACAUAUAAGCACAUGCUUACCAGAUGUCAUGUCAUGUUUAUAACACAUUAUACUGUAUACUGCAUUUUGGUGUUAUUUUUGCAUAAAGAGUCUUUCAAAUGUUAAAACCACCAUAUUAGCUAAAACAAACAAUAUACAACUUUGCUUAAUUCCUUUUAAUUCAGUUAUAAGUAAUUGUAUUUUUAAAUAGAAUUUAUAUUAUACAGCUAUAUUUGUUUACAUCAGCAAACCUCUGUUGAACGGAAUAUUUUUUUAAUAUAU